UUAUACAGUAGAGGACAGAGGGGUCACUAUAUCUACCCAUUGUUUAGUGCGCUGCUCUGUUAUAAAGCAGCAAGGGCACUGCUCAGUCCCCAUCCAGCUACAACUGAAUCAUGUCUCCCAAGAAAGCAAAGAAGAAGGCCGCCGAUGGCGCCGGCUCCAAUGUCUUCUCCAUGUUUGAACAGGCUCAGAUCCAGGAGUUCAAAGAAGCUUUCACCAUCAUGGAUCAAAACAGAGAUGGCUUCAUCGACAAGAGCGACCUGAGAGACACCUUCGCAGCUUUAGGUCGCUUAAAUGUGGGACAGGACGAGCUUGACGAAAUGCUGAAGGAGGCAUCAGGACCAAUCAAUUUCACAGUCUUCCUCACUAUGUUUGGAGAGAAACUGAAAGGUGCUGACCCAGAAGAGACCAUCCUGAAUGCUUUCAAAGUCUUUGACCCUGAGGGAACGGGGGCGUUAAAGAAGGACUAUGUGACAGAGAUGCUGACGACUCAGGCUGACAGGUUCUCUCCUGAGGAGAUGGAAGCGAUGUUUGUAGCGUUCCCUCCAGAUGUAGCGGGAAACCUGGACUACAAGAACCUGGUCUACGUCAUCACACACGGUGAAGAGAAAGACGCGGAGUAGAGGACUUCAUCCUUAGAUAACUUGUUUGUGUCCAGAUGUGUCAUCUAUCUCACAAACUACAAUGGAAAUAAAAUUUUUAAAAUAAAAAUUUCA